AUGGCCGUAGCAGCGCUCACAAUGUACGCCCCACCCACGGCGGUAAGUAACGCGUAUCAAGAACUCGCCCGAGAGGUCGCGCAACGCCUCGGUAUCCCCCUGGAAUCCCCGCCACCAGAUCUACCAACACUAUGGCAUCACCCCCAACUCCUCCUCGCCCAAACUUGCGGCUACCCAUAUGUGACCGAACUGCGCCCCACAGUAAAACUUGUCGCUGCUCCGCGCUACACCCUCCCCGGCUGCGAGGGCGCCACGCACUGCUCCUUCAUCCUCGUGCCAGCGUCCUCCGCCGCGACCACCCUAGCCGACCUACGAGGCAAGCGCGUAGCCAUGAACAGCCCAGACUCCAACAGCGGCAUGAAUCUCCUGCGCCUGGCCGUGGCGCCGCUCGCGAAGCAAGGCCGUUUCUUCAGUCAGGUGGUCGAGAGUGGGAGCCAUGCGGAAAGCAUGGCACGUCUGAAGCAAGGGCGUGCUGACGUGGCUGCUGUAGACGCGGUGACGUUCGGGUAUCUGCGGCGCGACCUGCCGGAGCUCGUUGAGGGCCUGCGUAUACUGCAGCGGACAAGGCAGAGCCCGACGCUACCUUUGAUUACGGCGGCUGGGCGCACUGAGCAGGAAGUUGAGGGCUUGCGGGAGGCAUUGGCGAAGACGUUGGCUGAGCGGCCGGACCUCGCUGAGAUUCUGGCUAUACAGGGGUUCGAUGCGGUGGACGAGGGUACUUAUCUCCCGAUAUUGGAUUGGGAGCAUCAGGCUAUCGAGCAAAACUAUCCGACUAUUGGCUAG